AUGACUACCUUAACACCUAUUAAUUGUAGCGAAGCACCAUCUGCUGCGGCGUCGUAUUCUCAUGCCAUGAAGGCCAACAAUUUGAUCUUUCUCUCAGGUCAAAUUCCAUUGACUUCUGAUAAUAAACCAGUCGAAGGUUCAAUUGCUGACAAAGCGGAACAAGUUAUUCAAAACGUGAAAAAAGUUCUAGAAGCUAGUAACUCUUCAUUAGAAAGAAUUAUUAAAGUCAAUAUUUUUUUGGCUGAUAUCAAUAGCUUUGCAGAAUUUAAUACUGUUUAUGCCAAAUAUUUCAACGUCCACAAACCAGCUAGAUCAUGUGUUGCUGUCGCAGCAUUGCCAUUGAAUGCUGAUUUAGAAAUGGAAGUCAUUGCAGCUGAAAAUGAAUAA